AUGGCCCGCGUCACUUCGCCCCGGCCCUCAAGCCGCCAGAACACCCUCGGCCAGCCCCGGAAGCUCUUCAUCCGCAUCUCGGCUGACAAGAUGCGCUGGUACAAGACCCAGGAGGCACGAGAGCGGGAGGCUUCCCGGGCAUCAUGCUCUUCUUCCUCGUCCUCGUCCUCGUCGUCCACAUCCUCCUCUCCAAGACGAGUACGUAUCAGCCUGAAGCGCCGUGACUCCUCAUGA